AUGGAUGUCAAGAGUGCGUUCCUAAAUGGUGUUUUACAAGAGGAAGUCUAUGUGGAACAACCUACAAGAUUUCAAGAUCCUAUCCAUCACAAUCAUGUAUAUUGUCUGAAAAAGGCUCUCUAUGGACCCAAUCAAGCCCCGAGAGCAUGGUAUGAUCGACUGUCCACUAUCUUCUUCAAAAAUGGUACACUCUUGGUAGCAUUGACAAAAUAA